AGCUUUUAACUUCAGUCAAUAAUUUUCUUCCUAACAUCGUUCUACUGAUGCAAAUUUUAUAACACUUUACAUGUAGUUAAUAAUAUUUAAAUGAAUUGUGGUUAUGUUUAGAGUAUUUGUUAUGUUAUGGACGUUUUAGCGGAUUCAUUUGUGAAUUAUUGAUUGGCGUUAAUAACGUUUUGGUAACGGAACCAUUCAAUCAGUUGCAAUGGAUGCAGUGAGCAAUCGAUGGAUUGCGUGCGCCACUAUAUUGUUAUGUUCCUUUAUAUCAGUUGCACACGCUAUAGACUGCUUCAAAUGUGUGUCGAUGAACGGUCGGUUUCCCGCGUGCGACGACCCCUUCCACAAUAACCACUCCCUCCAAAUGCUCGAGUCGCCCUGUAUGGGGGGGAGGAAGGGGAGGGAUGGCCUGUUCCCCGCCACGUCGUGCAUUAAGAUUGCUGGUGUUUUUGAUGACACAGGCGAGUCCAUAACGGUGCGUGGCUGUGGGCUGGACUCGGGCACCGCUACGACAGAUACGGAGAUAAUAAGAAUGUCUCACUGUGGAAGAUUCUACUACAAUGACAGAUACGUCCACGGCUGCCUGCAAAGUUGCAAUGACGCGGAUGCAUGCAACGCAGCCUACGAAAUAACUUCUCCCGUCUCUCUACUACUUAUGCUCGUAGUAAUUACGCUGAAGAGCUAACAGAUAUAAAUACUGACAUGUUCUACUCCAAUUGACGUAUACAGAUUAAAAAUUGGCGAUCUCGUCUAUGGUUUUAGCUAGAUGUCAAGUAGUGCUGUCUCUUUCGCACAUAUGUUUAGACGCAGUGAUAGAUAGAGAUAGAUGACUAAAGUGCGGUUGCGUCCAUGGUGAAUGAAUGGGAACUUUAAUGUAGUUCUUAGUAAUAACAAUAACUGCUGUUAAAGAUGUAAUAAUCAAUAUACAAUGCGAUUCAACUAAGAAUAGGAACAUCUAUAUCUUCACAAAAUCAAUUUUGUAUUUCAAUAAUGAUAUAUUUUAUUUUGCCCGAAUCUUACGUCUAAUAUAAAUAUAUACAUUAUUGCUUAAUCUACAUUAAUAAUUCAUUUGAAUUGUGUUUGUGACAUCACAAAAUGGCGUAGGACCGAUCCUGUUCUUAAUUGAAUUUCAUAUUAGAAGCUUUUAAAGCUUGUGUACGGAUGCACUUGAAUUAUUAAUAAGUUUUGGUGCGAGUAAUAUUUUUGUUUCACAAAUAAUAUCAACAUGUUAGGAAAUAAUUGUAUAAAAUGUUUGGAAAAUUACUGAAUUAAUUAAAUUUUUUGAUUUUCAUUAUUGAAAGGUAUAGCUUAUAAAAAAUUGUGACUUAUCUAAAGCAUUUAACUAUGUACCUCGUAUUAUUACGAUAAAGCUAUGAUAAUAUGAUAAAACCUUAUUCAUUUAUAAUUAUGUUUCUUACAAUUGAAUUGAGUGCAAAAAUAUUAAGCGUAUUUAAACAGUGUGGUGUUUGACAGGGUGCAUUUUGGAGCCGUGUUUAUUUAUAAUAUAUAUUAAUGACUUAAAAUUGAACACCAAAGAUGUUUGUACAAUUAUUACAAUUAUUUUUGUUAUAAUAGUAAUAUAUUAUUCAGAAUUCAAUGUGCUAGAGAGAGUAUAAUCAAUUGGAGUUGAGACCACAGUAAAUAUAUUUAAGUAUAAAGUAGAUAGAUUAGUUCAAUUAACCCCAUAGGGCUGUCGUAUCAUUUCGGUGCUUGUAAAAUAGUUUUGUUUAGGAACAAUAGUUUCAAAAUUUUAGUAACCAUAGACUAUCUGCUUGCUUGAAGCAUCGUCUGUAGUCUAUUGUGGUAACUUUUAUGGCGACAAAUCUAGUUUAAACUGAAUUAUAACCGAAAGGGCGGAGGUGACCAUUUCUGUAGAAAUGAUUUAAAUGUGUUUUAAAAACGUUUACAUUAUUUUUCAUAUUUUUACUAUAUUAUCGUCUGAAAGGUCUUAUUCUGUUUUUGCCAGAAAAUUAAUAUUCGUAUUAAUUACAAUAGGUACAAUUAACUUUAUUCAAAUUCAUGAUGCUGUCUAUGUUUAUAUAUAGUAAAGUUCAUGAUCAUUGUUAUUAGAGAAAUAUGCACUAUAAAGUUCCUGACUCGUAUUGAGGAAAGGACUAUGCGUUUUCAUGAAAAUUAUUGCACUAACACUUAAUUUACUGAGAUUUUUUCAUUAUACAUGGUUUAUAUGUGACCUCAUUGCUUUCUUGUGUAUUUAUUUUAUUUCAUAACAUAUUUCUAAGUAUAUAAGUAGAAGGAGCAAAAUUAUUCCUAGCGUGCAUAGAAAUUUGGUGUUCCACCGGUAUAUAUUUUAGGUCCAUUGUUAUAUAUAACAUAUAGAAAUGUCAUCGUUUUAUUUCUGUGUUUGUAAACUUUAAACCGUUUAAUUCAAUUUAACUUCUGCAGACCAUUGCUGGAGUUUUCAUUCAUUGUUUUUUUUAAUUAAAGUUCUCUACUUACUGUAUAAAAUAUAAAGAAAAGAAACGAUAUGAUAUAAUAAUAAUAUUGCACACCGGCGUCUACAUUAUUUUAGUGAUGACGUGAAAAAUCAGUAUUGUGAUGUAUUUAUACUACAGGCUUCGCUACUGGCUUAGAUUGGAAAGAUAGAGUUGCGUGAAAUGACUGGGAUUGUUUUAUUCAUAAUGAUUGAUUUACUUCCCAAUCCAAAACAUCUUCCAAUAAUAAGUACUUCUAUUUUAGUUAUUUCAUAAUGUGAUAAAGCUUUAAUAUUAAUUUACACCUACAUACAUAAAAACUACUUUAAUAUUAUUAAUAUUAAGAAUGCUUUUAUUUAUUCACUUCUCACAUACUAAUACGUGAUGCAUAAAUUUUGCUCUUUUGUGUCUCUUACCUGUCGUUUUUUCAGUUGCAUCAGGUUUGAAAUCACAACGAUUCUAAAGAAGUUUCUCUUCAAAAAUAUCUAUGUUCUUUCUAAAAUAAUGGAAAUUCACUCUCAUAACCAAUUCAAAAUAUUCAAUUGCAUUUAUUGUAUGCACUUAUAUAUCACCUUUAUGUCAUUAAAUGAAGAUAUAUAAAAGAAUUGUUAUUUAAACUUACGCUUAGCAUAAGAUAAAUGUACAAAAUAAAAAAAACCAGUAUGUAAUAAGCAAUUUAUUCAACAUUUGUACACAGUUCUUUGAAAAAUGUAUAUAUGGAUGUAAAAUAUACACUUGAACAAUU